CAGCGAUGACCCGCGUGGGCGGCGAGAUAAAAAAAAGAAUCGACGAGAACCACGUCCCCGGCAAGGCGUCCGGCGCUCGGAACUGGAUCCAGGUGGCGGCGAACGGCCUGGUCCCGACCUUCCUCGCCAUGUCCUAUUCGUUCGCCACCGGCGGGCCGGAGUACCUGCUGGGCGUGAACAACGCGUUCGAGACGCCGCUCGCCGCCGCGUUCAUCGGGUACUACGGCUGCUGCUGCGGAGACACGUGGAGCAGCGAGCUCGGGGUGCUGUCUCGAAAGAUGCCGCGGCUCAUCACCACGGGGAAAGAGUGCAAGCCCGGGACGAACGGCGGGGUGACGACGCUCGGGUUAGUCGCGAGCGCGGCGGGGGGGUUCGCCGUAGGGUUCGCCUUUUGGUGCGGGGGCUUGUUCGUGCCCGUCGUCACCGGCAACGUGACGCUCGCGCUGCAGUUCGCCGCGCAGUGGCCGGUGCUCGUCAUAGGCCUGGGCGCCGGGCUCGUGGGCUCGCUCAUGGACUCGUUGCUCGGGGCGACGAUCCAGUUCAGCGGGUACUGCUCGGAGCGGCGACGGAUGGUGAGCAAGCCGGGGCCCACCGUGACGAAGACGAGCGGGUUGAACUUUCUCAGCAACAGCGCCGUCAAUUUCGUCACCGCGUCGCUCUGCGCGCUGAUACUGUACUACGGGACGAUCUUCGCGGGCAUUCCCAGGUGAAAACGCGUGGUGUGGUGUGGUUUGGUUCGGUUCGGUUCGGGGGGGUGAGAGUAUCGCGCGUCGUCGCGUCGUUGUUGUUGUCGUCGUCAAUCGAACAGAGGUUUUAUC